AUGAACGUAAAUCAACCUUGGAUGCUGGCUGGAGAUUUCAAUGACUUCGCUAUAAUUGAUGAAAGAGUUGGUAGUAACUCUGAUUGCAUAGAAUGCAUUUUAAAAUUUCGGGAACACUGGAAUAUGUGUAAUCUUAUGGAUGCUGGCUAUGUGGGCAGUAAAUUUACCUGGACUAGAUAUAUCCAUGGGAGAGUCAUGCUUCAGGAAAGACUUGAUCGAUUGCUCCAGAAUACUGAUAUGGUGGAACUUUUUCCAAAUCUCAGAGUGAUUACUCUAACUAGAGUCUAUUCGGACCAUAACCCGAUCCUGGUUAACGCAAAUUUGGAAAUCCCUGUCGACAAAGAAAAACGCCCAUUCAGAUUCGAAGCAGCCUGGCUUACCCAUGAAGAUUUUAAAGAGAUUUUCAGAUCAACCUGGGAUAAGGAAAAGGAUUCACUUGUAAAUACAGUAAAAGAGACGAAGAAUGCUAUUGUUGAAUGGAAGGAUACAAAGUUUGGUAACAUCUUUAAACGCAAGAAAGCACUACUGAAACGCAUUCAAGGAAUUCAAAGAUCUCCAAAAUACUUUUAUUCUACCUAUCUUCAAGAACUGGAAAAACACUUGAUGCUGAAUAUCAACAGGUGCUAA